GAACAGAAAAAAAGAUGGGAUAUUUGGCAUUCUUGGUCUUGUUUCUUUUUGUUCUUUUCUUGGAUACUCCAAAAUAUGGUUGUAAUGCAGAAGACAAAUUCGAUGAAAACUACAAACAAAUUUGGGGAGGUGACCAUCUCAUUGUUACUGACCAAGGCCUUGGCGUUCAACUCCAAUUAGACCAAACUUCAGGAGCUGGAUUUAGUUCAAAGACGAAUUUUGGUUCUGGCAUUUUUGAAAUUCUCCUGAAGACUCCUAACCAAGAUACUGAAGGAGUUGUUACAUCAUAUCAUUUAACAUCAAUCCCAUACGGCAAGUCUGUCGAAAGCGUGAAUCAUUUCGAGGUCGACAUUGAGAUUUUUGGGAGAAAUUUAAGUACAAAUAUAUUUACAAAUGAUCCGGGUAAUAAAGAGCAACAAUUUAAUCUUUGGUUCAAUCCAAGUGAUGAUUUUCACAAGUAUCAAAUUCUUUGGAACGAACACCAGAUCGUGUGGUUUGUGGAUGGGGAGCCAAUAAGAGUAUGGAAGAAUGCAACACAACAAGGCGUGAAAUUUCCUAGUCAAGUAGGAGUGCGUAUUGAAGCCAGUAUUCGGAAUGCUAGCCUCGCAGGAGAAGGCGUGGAUUGGAGUAAAGCACCUUUCACAGCAAAUUACAAAGAUUUCACCAUUAAUGCCUGCGCUUACGAUGAUCAAGACCAACAAAAUUGUUAUUCCGGUGACACUUCUUAUUUCUACUGGAAUGCAAUCCCAUAUUGGCAACUGAAUGCUUCUCAACAAGCUCAAUUGGCAAAUCACAGAAAAUAUCAUCUAUAUUUUGAUUACUGUACUGAUAGUUCGAAAGCUGGUCCCGAAUGUAAUAUUAAUAAGUAAAGAACGAC